AUGAUGCGGUGUUGUUGCGUUCUGCGGGACAAGUCGAUGUUUGCGGCGAAACGUCGCGUCAUUGUUCCCAUCCACCCAACACCCAACUACCCGGCGCACUUCAUCAAAGCAUCCUUCACAACCGACCCACUUAAAGAGAAGCAGAAGGCACGUUUUUCUUCUGGUGGUGAGGCCAUGCGGGAGGUGCAAAUGAUACCGAAGAACCUUGAGGGCGAAAGAUCGCGGCGGGAACUCAUGUCACGUGGGGAUACCGAGUUUGAGGCACUAGUGGAGUUUAUCCAAGGUGCCUCGUAUGACCAACUUAUCUCGGGACGUCGCUUUAAGAAAGUUUACGACAAACUCUCAGAAAAUGAUGAUACGUUUGUUUGGCUCUGCCAUACGGCAAUGUCUGUGCUAAAUCCAGGCGAUGUCCGCUCACGUCUUGUGUAUAACCACCUGCGCACACUUGCCGAGGCGGUCGCAAAUGGGGAGAUGACAUUACGAACUGCUUUUCGAUUUUAUGAGUCCGCCGUGCGUAGCCCUGCCUACCGUGAAAUUGCAAAGCGGCAAAUGGAAGGCGGUGCGGCAACGCGCCUCGCAGGUAUUAGCGCCGCAGCGGAUGUGAUGCGGCGAAUGGGCCUCACACGGCGCCCCAUGGCGUCCUACUUUGAGCUUUACCAACGCAUUGUGGAGCGCUCGGAGGCGAUGACACCGUGGGGAUUCCCCCCGUUGUUUCAGUUUGAAGAGCGUCUUUCACUUGAACCGCGGCUGAAGUUUUUUUCGCGAGCAUCGCAACAGGCAUUAGAACGCCGCCGCCGGGGACACAUCAUGUCAGCGUACACAACGCUACAAGGUCGUCGUAUUUUUUGGAUUCCGCCCACGUGGAACCGCGCCGGUCGCUUCCUUGGCCCUCACGUCACACUUUACCCCGGCAUGACGCCCGAUUAG